ACACAGUUAAGAAUUUAUUAUUAUGGGUGACCAAACAAGUAUUGAAUCUUCAGUUCUGGAGGGAAAUUUGAAGGAACCUCCAGCAAAAGGAUACGAAAUCUGCAGAUAUAGGAAAGAAGCUCUAUACCCAAGACAGCUUUUAGCAGUAUCCACGGAUGAUCUGCAGUCAGAGAUAAAGUUUGGAUCAAACAAAUACCUUGCCAUGUGUGGACUGGCAGGGAUAUUGAGCUGUGGAAUCACCCACACUGGUGUGGUACCUUUAGAUAUUAUCAAGACGAGGAUGCAGGUUGAUCCAGCAAUUAAGAAUACAAUCCAUGGUUUCAGGAUGACCAUUGCCAAUGAUGGCAUCCGAGGACUUGCAAUUGGCUGGGCACCAACAGCAAUUGGCUACUCUCUGCAGGGCAUGCACAAGUUUGGACUUUACGAGUUCUUUAAGAUCAAGUACUGUGCCAUUCUGGGAGAAGAGUGGUCUUACAAGUACCGAACCUCUGUCUACCUUGCUGCAAGUGCCAGCGCAGAAUUCUUUGCAGACAUCGCCCUGAGUCCAAUGGAAGCUGCCAAGGUCAGGAUGCAGACACAACCAGGCUUUGCUAGAACUCUGCGGGAAGCACUGCCAAAGAUGUGGGCACAGGAAGGAUUCUACAGCUUCUACAAAGGUCUGACACCACUCUGGUUCCGUCAGAUCCCCUACACCAUGAUGAAGUUUGCUUGCUUUGAACGCACGGUGGAAGCCCUGUAUAAGUAUGUCGUGCCCAAGCCUCGGGACGAAUGCACCAAGCCCCAGCAACUGGUGGUGACCUUUGUCGGAGGCUACAUAGCUGGAGUCUUCUGUGUCCUUGUAUCCCAUCCUGCAGAUUCUGUUGUGUCCAAGCUGAACCAAGAUGAAGGAAGUACCAUGGUCCAAGCAGCUAGGUCUCUUGGGAUGUCAGGUCUAUGGAAGGGGUUUGGACCAAGGGUCGUCAUGAUAGGUACCCUGACCGCACUGCAAUGGUUUAUCUAUGAUUCGUUCAAGAUCUACUUCCGUAUGCCUCGACCUCCACCACCUGAAAUGCCCGAUAGCCUGAAAGCUAAACUAAACUCUGACAAAAAUUGAUAUGAUUUCAUAAUUCCCCAAAUCCUUUAUAAUGCCUCGGUUUAUUUGAUGGCAUCUUGAUAUGCUUAAUAUGGGAAACAAAGUAGGAGAAACAUCAGUUGCCUUUUUAUGUGAUAGCACCCAAUGAAUGUUUAUGAUUGCAAGAUUGAUUUGUAAUACCUCCAAUAAGCUGCAUCUUCUCAUGCCUAAUUUCAAUCUAUAUGACAUUUCAAAGAUAUCCAAGAUUUCAUAAAGGUCCUUGGCUUUCUUAAUUGUAGAUGAAAUUGUUCAUGACCUGUAUGGAUUUGUGCUUGUAUAUGACAGAUUAAUUCGAUACCUCAAGACUUGACAUUUCAAUCUGUGAUAUAUAUCAUAUUUUGCUUAAGAUGUGAUAACAAGAUGAAGGAUGUUUUGUAUUGAAUGUUCACCACCUGUUCUAAGGAGAAUCAAUAAC